UUCGACUUCCUGUUUUUAUUUUGAUUCACACGGUGUCACACGACAAACAUUGAUUAUAUUACAGUAGGCCUACUCGAAUUUAUUAUUUGUUCUGUUUUUUAUCAAUUUGUUUUUAAAAUCAUGGAUGCUAGACUAAGUACCAGAGCUGUACAAAUACAUGGUUGUUCAAAGAAGGAAUGAGUUUACUUCGUGAACAGCAGCGAACACUUGAAGUCUGAAGUCAGCUGACGGCGAUGACGAAGUACACUUACACGCACCAUCAUGUGGCUGUGUUUCUGCUGACAUUUUUAAGUUAUGCAUUCUUUCAUGCAACAAGAAAAACAUUCAGCAAUGUUAAAUCGACAAUCUCCGAUGAGUGGACUCCAUCCUACCACAACGAUACUGUCAACUACACCAAGCCUGACCGGAUCUGGAACCAUCGCCACAUGUUUGACACAAGAGGAGACGCUGAGCCCUAUUUGGGGAUCCUGGAUGCUGUUUUCAUGAUAUCAUACGCUGUGGGUUUAUACAUCAGUGGCAUGAUUGGAGACAGGUUCAACAUGCGUUUGGUGCUAUCAUUUGGAAUGUGUUCAUCUGCAUUGAUGGUGUUUCUGUUUGGAGUGGUGUUUGAAUGGCUUCACUUCUACAACAAGUAUGUGUACAUCCUCGUCUGGAUCCUGAACGGACUUCUCCAGUCCACAGGAUGGCCCACGGUGGUCGCCAUUAUGGGCAAUUGGUUUGGAAGAUACAGCCGUGGUUUGGUGCUUGGUCUGUGGAGCGCUUGUGCGUCUGUCGGUAACAUCAUCGGUGCCUUUUUAGUGUCGGGAGUCUUAAACUAUGGAUAUGAUUAUGCGUUCCUGGUGACAUCAUCUGUGUUGUUUGCAGGGGGAAUCGUAAACUUUUUUGGUCUUGUCAGCACACCAAAGGAUAUAGGGCUUUCCAUCCCAGAUGAAGAUUCUGCUGUUCACCCACAGGAGUACAGUGUUCUUGUGAAUGAAAGGGACAGCGAAGAAACCAUUAAUAUGCCCCAAGCCUACCACAAGCAAGGACGGUGUGUAGAAGAUGGAGAUGUAGCCGGUCAGCUGACUAAUGACGGAGUGGAGAGUGAGGAGGAGGACACGGAAGUUUCAUCACAAGCUCCUCUGAUCCGAUCCCACGAGCGGUACUGUGGUGCCUCGAACGCAGAGAACAGACCUAAAGCCAUUGGUUUUUGUAGUGCCCUCUGUCUGCCAGGGGUGGCUCUGUACGCCUUGGCCUAUGCAUGUCUAAAACUGGUCAACUACUCCUUCUUCUUCUGGUUGCCUUACUACCUCCACAAUAAAUACCGCUGGAAAGAGACGGUGGCGGACGAUAUAUCAAUCUGGUAUGAUGUAGGCGGAAUCAUCGGAGGAACAAUAUUUGGAUUUGUUUCUGACAGAUUUCAACACAGAAGUGUGAUCGUUAUUCCUAUGCUGCUUCUCGGUAUUCCAGCCCUCUUUAUCUACAAUUCUGAUCUAAGCAAUACCCUGACUAUGAAUGGUCUCUUGAUGGCAGUUGUGGGGUUCUUCAUAGGAGGCGUGGCCAAUCUAGUCAGUGCUGCCAUCUCUGCUGAUCUCGGCAAGCAGGGUCCUGUUCAGGGGAAUAGUGAGGCCCUGGCCACGGUGACUGGUAUCGUGGAUGGAACAGGAAGUGUUGGGGCAGCCAUUGGGCAGAUACUGGUGCCCGUGAUACAGGACAGACUGGGCUGGAAAUCUGUGUUUUAUCUGUUUAUGCUGAUGACACUUCUGACAGCUCUCUGCAUUCUCCCAUUGUUCGUGAGAGAAGUGAAAGACAUUUGUGCAAAUUACAGGAAUAGAACUGGAAAUUUGAGGUACAAAGGUGUGUCUGUCACAAACCAAAACUCGUCGGAGAUCACUCAGGGCGAGGAAACGGAGGAUCUGUUUGACUGACCUUGACACAGUUUCAUUGAUGUGACCUUGUGUCUGUUAAGCUUCCAGUCAUGCUUCAUGUGUCAGCUGGACAAGUUCAGACAACACAUCCAUUUGAAUGUUACACUAGAAAAAUUUAACAGGUGCUCAAAUAGUGCCAUUUCCUGUUAUGAGAUUUUCGUGCCUAUAUAUAUAUAUAUGUUCUAUAUGGUAUAUUUUUGUUAACCAUACAUCUCUCUGAAACCAUUUCCAUGUACAAAUAUAGACGAGUUCUUUGUUGAGCCUAUUAUUAUAUAGACUUUCUUCACAUGUAUUUUAUGCAAGUAGCAAACUAUCGCAGUGUCUAUACUGGAUGUGAUCGGGGGUUUACUACCAUUAUGAACACAUUGUUUUCCAGCUGUUGACUUGGUUUUUCUAAGUAGACUUGCUUGAAGCUUGAAAACCAGUAUAAGAGGAAUUCAGUUUUUUAAAAUAAUUUUAUUUCGUUAUCUUCAGCACUUAUCUAAUCAGUAAUUAUUUUUAUAUCAAGUUUCUGUAGUUGUAAAGUUUUUUAAUGAUUUAUUGCAAAGCCACAAUUUUUUUUUCUCCUAUGCCCAUAACGUUUUUUGUAUCAUGUUUUUACAGGUAAAUGAUUAUUGGUUUUUACUUAUCUUUAAUUAUGGACAAUUUCACUGUGAUUUGAAAAUUGGUUGUAAAACCUACUUUUACAACAUUAACAAUAAUACUAUUAUUAUUUUUAAACCGUUUUUAUUUUACAUAAUGUGUUAUAGUUAUGUUGCUAGUCUUUAAAGCGACUCUGGAUAUUCUACUCUCUUUUUAUCGUAUAUAUUUUUAUCCUUACCGUGCAUUUUUUUUUUCGUGCAAAUUUUCAUUAUAAUUAUGUACAUGUAUCAUUUUAAUGUCAAUCAACACAUGUUUACAAGCAGCUGCUUGUAUAUUUACAUGGAUAUCUCUGUGCACAUUGUAUAUUUACAUGGAUAUCUCUAUGUACAUUGUAUAUUUACAUGGAUAUCUCUAUGUACAUUGUAUAUUUACAUGGAUAUCUCUAUGUACAUUGUAUAUUUACAUGGAUAUCUCUAUGCACAUUGUAUAUUUACAUGGAUAUCUCUGUGUAUAUUGUAUAUUUACAUGGAUAUCUCUAUGUACAUUGUAUAUUUACAUGGAUAUCUCUAUGCACAUUGUAUAUUUACAUGGAUAUCUCUGUGUAUAUUGUAUAUUUACAUGGAUAUCUCUAUGUACAUUGUAUAUUUAAAUGGAUAUCUCUAUGUACAUUGUAUAUUUACAUGGAUAUCUCUAUGUACAUUGUAUAUUUACAUGGAUAUCUGUGUGUACAUUGUAUAUUUACAUGGAUAUCUCUGUGUACAUUGUAUUAAAGUGCAGUGGAUAUUAUUAAUGAUUGAUCCAUUGAAGGUUACAAUUAAUAUACAUGUAUAGAGAUAAGUUCUAAAACUAAGACAUGUGUAUAAAAGUUGUUAUGAGUAAUGAGUCAUAUGCACAUGCAUAUGCAACUGAACAAGUGUUUAGAAUAAUUGUGAAACCAUGAAUAACAUUAAUAUUAAAUCUUAAGAAUAAA